AUGUCGUCUCCGCAUCUAGACGAGAUGGCUCCGUCGGGCGACUUGGAGUACCGUGCUCCAAAGCCUCUAGUGUUUGAGCUGGUGCAACACAUCGGUAUUUUCUUUGAAGAAAAAUUAUAUACCCAAGCACUGAAUCUUCUCUUCAACGCCCUUGCAUCUGGUAGUUAUGCCGCGCCCGCAUGCACUGUCCCGCUACCUCCACAUCUCGCGAUAGCAGUCACUUUCCUCGUACACCCGUCUACGACAACUCGGGCGUCUUCGGAUGAGGAGAAAGAGGUCGCGCAUAUCGCUCUCCGACUCCUACGACUUCUCGGUACUCUCGUCAGUCCUCGAGAAGCGAAACUCGACAUUGCGUUUACUUUUACACAUGGCCAGGCCUUGCGCUCCGGGGGCAAAUUUCACGUGGGAGAAGGCGACAACGAAAACGGCGGACAUGAUGAUAACAAGCCGUUGAACCUCAAGCUCGCCAAAGAACAUUCUUUAUGGUCUCGUGCGGAGGAUUUCUGGCAUGCCGUUGGCUGGACCUUUAACUGCUCCGUGCUCUAUCGUGAAAGAUGGGAGCGGUGGCAGAUUUGGCUGGAGUUCAUGUGUGAUGUACUCCAAGACGACUGGAAUGAACGAGAGCGUGUAUUCAAAGAAAGGCAACUCGACCCUGAAACAAUACCGCAGCGCGCUCCGAACAGAAGAGGGAAUCUAGAUCAAUACCAAGAUGACUCGUUGAAGAUUCUGAAACAGAGUUUGAUCUUUCAAUAUAUCUCGGCCGGCACCGGGACUGGCAAGUACCGCAGGGUUGUCAGGGCUAUCUUCGCAGAUGGCAGCACGAAUUCGCUCAACGAAUUCCGCCAAGUUUUCCCCAAGGAACUCAAGCCGACCAAGUCAGAUCGACAGGCUGAAAAGGCCAAGAAGAGAGAGCGUGAUGUUAACAUCGACAAGGAGGAGUAUGGUGAUUAUUUAGCCCAGGAUGAGUCGGAUGAUGAAGCCACUACUGGGCUCGGACAGAGCAAUUCAAAUUCGCAGUCAACGUCCCCUUCGGGCACAGGCACCAGACGAUCAAAGCGUACAAGGCGAGGCACAAGAAAUGCACAGGAUCCCCUUGAGAACAAGGUCAUCGAUGAGAUUACAGGCCUCGGUCAAACCCCAGCGCAAGAUGAUGCUGGACUUUCGCCUCUAGGCGGUCUGGACUCUCUUGAUCUGCGCAAAAGACUCCUUGGCCUUUUGUCGAGAGUGUGUGAGCUGCUUCCGAAGGAAUUUUUGGCAAUUGACGUUCUCGAUCACUACAUCAUUGAGAAUAUUCGCCAUCUGCCCUUGCCGAUAUUCCAAGCCUUCAUCAGUCCAUAUGUUCUCCCCGGCCUACCUGAUAAAUCGCAAAGAGAUUUAUCGUCCGACGAAGAACAGAACCAGGGAUCUGCUAAAAGGUCGGAUGCGGAGCAGACUAGUCUAUGCGAACUUCUCCUGUUCAGUAUGCUUGAGAGCGCUGCGCCGAAAUCCGACCAAAGGUAUCUAAAUCAAGAUAUGCUGGAGAAGUGCUAUCUUCCCUUUGCGGCCGCAAAUAAUACUGUGGUAGAUAAUGCUAAGAUGUCUAUUAUUCUCGAAGCACUCAUGUUGCUCCUAGCUGGAAACGGGCUACUGGAAUUCCGUCCCUCGCUACAGGAGGCCGUCCUACUUGGGCUGAGUCAUCGGGUUGAAAGAGCAAAGUUAGAGGUACGACGGAGCCAAGCAAAGAAAGACCAGAAGCCUCUUGAGAUGUCCUGGUUGAUCGAGAGUGGCGAUAGGUUGCUUUUUGUCGUGGAAGUUUUGCAGUCACGAGCGCAGUCGAUCCCCUGA